AUGAAUCUUCUCAGAAUUUUUAGUGUUCUUAUCCAUUCGUCUCUGCUUUUAACACAAGAGACCAACAAGGCUGGAUAUGGCUCUUUGGAUUCAGUACCAGGGACCUCUGUAACCAAGCGUUCUUCUGGAUAUCACUUUCCUCCUUAUAUGAUGCAUCUUUAUAGAAGUUUGAAGUCUGCAAAUCAGUCUGGAGCUUCGAAAAGCGAUGAGCAAAAAGCGGUGAUGAAAGAGACCGACACUGUCAGAAGUGUAAUUGCGAAAAGUUUUGAACGAAUUGGAAAUCGAUGGAUCGCCACUUUUGAUUUUUCUUCUCUGCUCACAGACGAAGAACUUCAGGUGGCUGAGCUCAGAAUCAGGCUCCCCAGAUUUUUGAUUUCUGUCGAUUCCUCAUUGGAAAUCCACCAUACACAUGAAUACCCCUGUAAGAAUGGAAUUUGCCUCGAACAUCAACAAAUUGGUGUAUUCUCUACGUCAUCGGUGACGAACUCAUCCACCAACUGGAAAGUCUACAAUGUAACAGAACUAUUAACUGGCUGGUUUAACACAAACAUGUAUUCAAACAAGUUGAGAAUUAAGACAACAAAGAAAUUCAAACCAGUCAGGGUGAACCCACGGGGCCAUGGAAUCAUCCUGCCUUCCACGGAAAGCCCACAAGAUCAGCAUGCUGUCAACGAUAGGGUCUUACUGGUUGUCUUUUCCCACUUGAAAGCAGAAGGGGGACCCCCGGUCAGCCUGCUCCGUACAGCUGAAGAAUCCAAAUUUGUGGUUAGUGACAGAGAGGGUGAAGAUAAACGGCAAAAAAGACACAAACGCAACAGAAAACAGAGAAACUGGCCUAUAAAAUCCUCACCGGAACACGGGUCGGUCAGUAGAAAACCCUUAUGUCGCAGAGUAGAUUUACACAUAGAUUUCAAUCGAAUUGGCUGGGGCUCAUGGAUUGUCUUCCCCAAGCGGUACAAUGCAUACCGUUGCGAAGGUGAGUGCCCUGCCCCUGUUGAAGAGGAUUUCAAGCCCACGAAUCAUGCGUACAUGCAGAGCCUGCUGAAGCAUUACCAUCCUGACCGGGUUCCCUCUCCAUGCUGUGUUCCGACAAAAAUGAGCUCACUGAGCAUGCUCUAUCAUGAGAGCGGGGAGGUGGUGCUCCGCCACCACGAGGAAAUGAUUGUGGAAGAAUGUGGCUGCCACUGA